UGUAAUCGGGGUUAGGGUUGGGGGAAAGCGGAGGGCUCGUGAUUGCCGGGGAGCUCGAUCGCUCCAAUUGCCUCGCGAAUUGGAUGGAUGACUCACAAUGACGCCGAUCCAGUCGGGAGCGCGAUGAAGAGCUGGCUGCAAGGGAUCCGAGAAGACCAGCGCGACAAGCUCGUUAGCGCGCUCGCUGGCGCCGGCGCUGGCGCAAUCUCUGCGACGUUUGUGUGUCCUUUGGAUGUCGUGAAAACUCGCCUUCAAGUUCACAAAGCUCCUGUUCCCGAUCAAGCCGUCGCGAAGGGUGGUGGGGUGAUUGUCCGCAGCUUGGCGGUGAUCUUCCAGAAUGAAGGAGUUGCGGGUAUGUACCGCGGUCUCUCCCCGACCAUCUUCGCAUUGCUGCCAAACUGGGCGGUUUAUUUCACAGCCUACGAGCAGAUGAAAGGGUAUCUAGAGCGCAGAGAUGGCUCUCCCGAUAAGAAAUUGUCUCCUGGCGAACACAUGAUAGCUGCUGUAGUUGCCGGAUCGGCAACUAAUAUUGCUACAAAUCCUCUUUGGGUUGUCAAGACGCGUCUCCAGACUCAGCAAGUGAAGUCCGGGAUCGCUCCGUAUGCCGGAACAUUCUCUUCCCUCGUCCGGAUUGGAAGAGAGGAAGGACUUCGUGGACUGUACAGUGGAUUGGUUCCAGCUCUAGUUGGGGUGAGCCACGUAGCUGUUCAGUUUCCCGUUUACGAGCAUCUUAAAGAGCGUCUCGCUGACAGUGGCACAUUGGGUGUUAUUGGAGCGUCGGCAGCGUCGAAGAUGAUUGCUUCGACUGUAACAUAUCCUCACGAGGUUGUGAGAUCCAGGCUACAAGAGCAGGGAAACUCCGCCAAUCCAAGAUACAGUGGCGUGGUCGACUGCGUGCAAAAGAUCUGGAAGCAAGAAGGGAUUCGAGGCUACUAUCGCGGCUGUGCGACCAACUUGAUGAGAACAACGCCGGCGGCGGUCAUCACAUUCACUAGUUUCGAGUACAUAAAGAAGAGGCUACUGGAGAUUAGUUCCCCGGGCUACUCGGCUCCAGGCCCUUCCGAGGACUCCAAGGCCAAACGGACCCCGGAGCACAAUGACUCGUCCAAAUUCAGUACGUUUCCCCGGCCACAGAAGGAUUCAUCGGGCUGCAUCGCCUCGUGAAAGCUUUUGCUUUGCAGUUCCUCCGUGUAGAUAUAUUCUUCGCCACCAAGCAAUAAAACUCUGGGUUCCCGGACAA